AUGGACCCGUACCACGCGUAUCUGAAAACAAUCGUUCGCGAUGCCGCGCAUCAUGACGGUCGGGGUGUGGAGAGUAACAGUGACGUUCCGCAGAAAGUGAAGGAGUACGCUCACCUUCUGAGAGGCGCAUUCGAACUUCCAGCGUGGGUGAAGGAGGAAUUACAGAGUUCGUCUCGCACGACAUGCCGACCUCAGGCACGCGGAGACGGCGAGAAAUCAAGAGACGCAUCCCUGAGGCAUAUCUUCAACGCCGUUCUCAACGACUGCGCCAGCAUAAGAAAUGUCCUUUGCGCCGAUGAGGAGAUCGGCACAUGUAGUCCGAAGGAAUCAUUCCUCUGCAUAUUGGUUCGGAAUGCGCUAUGCAUCACCAGACGAGAUCUGGUUGUGGACGAAGAGGCUCUGGUUGCGUUGCCUCGACAUUGGUGUGGAGAGCUGAGCCCUCUAUUCCGCUACAUGAGUACUUGCGUCUGCGCGCCUCUGCUAGUGUCUAUUGCCGCAGGUGUCCCUCUCACUUCGCCAACAGUCGAUCCGCAAGACGAGGGUUGCGAUGGCGAGACUGUCGAGACUGGGAGCGGGAAUAGCGGCCACGGGGAUGUUCAGGAAAGCAGCAAUGGGUGUUCACCACACGAUGACAGCGAUGCUGUAAAUUCUGAGGUGAUCCGUGUACAGCAACGUCCUGGUGCUCUGCCAGUCUAUAUCGUGCCGCACCGCUCGCUCUCUGUAUCGGAAUGGCUGAGACUUCCUGCGGUGGAGAGGGUCGACUAUGAGGACACCGACGAGGAUGAGGCAGACAUUGAUCAACAGAGUAUUGCUGGACUAGACUUGCAUGCGCUGGAAUGUCCACGAGACAAGCCACUUCCUACAGAUGCCUUGGUUCCUGUGGUGUGCAUGGCUGAUGACGACACACUGCCUGUCAUCAGGGCAAGCGUAUUGUAUCAGCGGCGUAUCUGGCAUGUCCAGGAGCCGUUGAUAGGUAUCUCGUUCGAGCGGUAUGGAAGCUCAAUCUCGUUUCAUUUUGGGUGGACUGAAGCAGAGCUGGUUGAUGGACAAUACCAUCUAGGAGACAUUGAUAUUGCGAAACCUGAGGGUGCGUUGACUGUGGCACAAUUUCUCGUUAGUCUGGACAGACACAUUGCCGGCAUUCAAAACGACCUCGCAUCGUCACGAGCAAUACUAGCGGAUGAACUAGGGCAGCGAAGUGUCGUACGGUGGAGAGUUGACUCGGUGAUUACUGCUGACCAUGAGGACAGUAUUGGUGAGCCUGAGGACCUCAUGUCGCUCUGGCUUGAUGUCGCGACUUAG